UUCACUCUCUGACUCACUGCGUUUCAUCAACCCUCUCGCUCACACCUGACUUCAACCUUUAUUCCUACGGACUACUUAGCAUUCAACUGAAAGAUAGCAAUUUCUAAGCAAGCAUGUAGAAGAGUACUGAUCCUACACAAGAUGCAAUGGUGAUGCCUCUUUUGAAUGAUGCUCAAGUACCUCUUAUGGGCAAGCAGAGGAGGAGGCCCAGUAAAGGACUAAGGAGGAUCAGCAGUGAAGAAGGAAAAUAGGAGAAUGUGGAGGUUCAGAAAGCAAGAAAGAAUCCUCUACAGGAGAAAGUAUAAUUAAUAUGACCUCCACAAGACAUGAGGACACAGGCAGUGCUGUCUUUCUUCCUCCUUCUUACACUAUCUCUGAGAGGAUUUCAAGAGACAUUCUUUUCAGGUUUCUUUGGUUAUAUGAGUACUCCGAGUGAGCAAACAGUCAUUGGAAGACUUGAUGAAGAUGUAAUUCUCCCUUGCUCAUUUGAGAAUGGGUCUGAAGUUGUAAUUCACUGGAAGGAUAAAGACACUCACAACGUUUACAAAUACUACAAAGGCAGUGACCAUUUGGAAAAGCAAAAUCCCAGAUACACAAACAGGACAUCCCUCUUCCAUAGUGAAAUUCACAAUGGGAAUGCCUCCCUGUCUUUCAGAAGAUUAAGCCUUCUGGAUGAAGGAAUUUAUACUUGCUAUGUGGGAACAGCAUCUGGAAGAACCACAAAGAAAGUGGUGUUAAAGGUGGGAGCUUUCGUCACACCUGUGAUGAAGUAUGAAAAGAGGAACACAGACAGCUUCUUAACCUGCAGCGUGCUGAGUUCUCCUCGUCCCAAUGUCACAUGGCAGGUGGACAAGGCACCUAUCUCUGAAAGCAAUACGGAAGAGACCGGGUCUUUGGGUCCUCUUUAUAUUAACAGUGUAGUAAAUAUUACAGGAUCAAAUUCAUCUUAUGAAUGUGCUAUUGAAAAUUCAUUGCUGAACCAAACAUGGACAGGGCGAUGGACAAUGAAAGAUGGGCUUCAUAAAAUGCAAAGUGAACACAUGUCACUCUCAUGUGAACUUGCAAGCAAUUUUUUUCUACCAAAUCAAGACUUCAUAGUCACCUGGUCCAGAGUGGAAAGUGGGACUUCCUCUAUCCUGGCUUACUUUCUGAGCUCCUCUCAAAAUAUGACUGUCAAUGAACCUCGAUUUUCAUGGAACAAAGAGCUAAUAAACCAGAGUGACUUCUCCUUGACUUUGAAGGAUCUUAGCAUUGCAGACAGUGGGGAAUACUUAUGCAAUAUUUCUUCAAGCAAAUAUACUUUACUCGCCGUCCAAACACUUCAUAUAGAAGCAAGUCAAAAAAUAGCUACCCGGAAAACUCCUGUAGUGAUUUUCAUGAUUUCCGUGAUUUUGGUGCUUUUGGUAUUUCAUAAGGCAAGAACAUACAUCUGUGUCGGCCAAGCCGGCCAGAAGUAG